ACCUUUAUUAAGAUUUAAAUCUGAACCGUGUAAUUAGUCUAUAUAUACCCCUUUUGAAAUAUUCUUGGAGUAAUUAGUUGGUUUUAUUUAUUGUUACAAUACAAAGAAGUAAAGAAGGGGAAACGAAGAUGUUUGGGAGAGGACCAAAGAAGAGUGAUAAUACGAGGUACUAUGAAAUAUUGGGUGUGUCAAAGAAUGCAUCAGAUGAUGAAAUCAAGAAAGCUUAUAGAAAAGCUGCUAUGAAGAAUCACCCUGAUAAGGGUGGUGACCCUGAAAAGUUUAAGGAGCUUGCUCAAGCUUAUGAGGUGUUGAGUGACUCACAGAAGCGUGAGAUUUAUGAUCAGUAUGGAGAAGAUGCAUUAAAAGAAGGAAUGGGUGGCGGCGGCGGAAUGCAUGAUCCAUUUGACAUCUUUGAAUCUUUCUUUGGUGGCAAUCCAUUUGGAGGUGGUGGUAGCAGCAGAGGAAGAAGACAGAGAAGGGGUGAGGAUGUAGUGCAUCCACUGAAGGUCUCUCUCGAGGACCUUUACAGUGGGAUAACCAAAAAACUCUCCCUUUCGCGCAAUGUCAUUUGCUCCAAGUGCAGUGGGAAAGGAUCGAAGUCUGGUGCUUCAAUGAAGUGUUCUGGUUGUAAAGGUAGUGGUAUGAAGGUUUCAAUUAGACAACUUGGCCCUUCAAUGAUCCAGCAAAUGCAGCACGCUUGUAAUGAAUGCAAGGGUACUGGAGAGACUAUUGACGAUAAGGAUCGGUGCCCUCGGUGCAAAGGUGAAAAAGUGGUUCAGGAGAAGAAAGUCCUUGAAGUUCAUGUUGAGAAAGGCAUGCAAAAUGGACAGAAAAUUACAUUCCCUGGAGAGGCUGAUGAAGCGCCUGAUACAAUUACUGGAGAUAUAGUUUUUGUGCUCCAGCAGAAAGACCACCCGAGGUUCAAGAGAAAGGGCGACGAUCUGUUUGUAGAUCACACAUUGAGUCUAACUGAGGCUUUAUGUGGCUUCCAGUUCAUAAUGACACACUUGGAUGGCAGACAACUCCUCAUAAAAUCAAAUCCCGGGGAAGUUGUUAAACCUGAUCAAUUCAAGGCAAUCAAUGAUGAGGGAACGCCAAUGUAUCAGAGGCCAUUUAUGAGGGGCAAAUUGUACAUUCGUUUCGUCGUUGAAUUCCCAGAUUCAUUGAACACAGAACAGGUGAAGGCUCUGGAGGCAAUCUUACCACCAAGACCUCAGUCACAGUACACAGACAUGGAAUUGGAUGAGUGUGAGGAGACUUCUUUACAUGAUGUGAAUAUUGAGGAGGAAAUGAGAAGGAAACAGGCAGCUCAACAAGAGGCAUAUGAUGAGGAUGAUGAGAUGCAUGGUGGUGGAGGACAGAGAGUACAAUGUGCACAGCAGUAACAUGUUUCUAUAAAGAGGUUUUUGUGAAAUAGCAGAUAAUAAGAUAUACUGGACGGCAAGAAAUAACCAGCUUGAACUUUGGUUCUUGCUUGGUUUAUUGUAUCUGUUUCUUUUGUUGUUUUGGAAAAGCAAUGUACUCUGCUAGUCGCUUUAUUGAAAUAGAAAUGUAUUAUAUUUCCUUCAUCCUAUUGGACGUUAUCUAAUUUAUUGAGUUGAUCUCA